AUGCCCACCAAGUCUGGGAUACAGCCGCAGAACAAGGGCCUGAAGCGGCCUGCAGCUCGACAAGGAGGAAAAACGCCAAAGAGAAGAAAUACAAAUGCAGACACUAUCAAAAAGAAGAGCGUUCCAGUGACUGCCACCACCCCCGACGCAGGAAGCAGCGACGACGAGUCGCUCAUGGACUCCGAGGGAGAGGAAAACGAUGAAGAUGCAGUGGAAGUCACUCCGACAUCUGCACCUCCUGCUGGGAAAGGGAGCGCUUUUGAAUCACACAAGGCACAGAAAGAACUCUUGGCACAACGAAAGGCUGCAAAACCAAAUGCUGAAAUGACCAUGCACGCCAAACAACUGUGGAAUGCGGCGAGGCAGCGAAAUCUCUCAAAACAAGAACGCGACGACCUCUGCAAGAAGCUCGCUGAUACUGUACGAGGAAAGGUGUCUGAGGUUGCCUGUAGACAUGACACAAGUCGCAUCAUUCAGACGCUUGUCAAGUAUGGGAGGCAAGAACAGCGUGACAUGGUCGCCUCUGAAUUAAAAGGCCAGUAUAAGACACUCGCUCAGAACAAGUACUCCAAGUUUCUGAUAUUGAAACUCAUUCGAUACUGUCCGAAACACCGGCCAUCCAUCUUCUCAGAAUUUCAAGGACACGUUUUACGCCUUCUCCUUCACCGAGAAGCCGGUCAGGUCAUCUCAGAAGCCUUCGAACUCUACUCCAACUCGACCGAACGCGCGAUACUCCUUCGUGAGUUUUACGGGAAAGAGGUAGCACUCUUCGAGCCCAAGAAGGAGGGCGACCUCGGCCUCCGUGGGGUGCUCACUGGCCUCGAGCAAGAACGAGCCCUCCGUAUCCUGUCGGCUGUGAAGGAGAACCUGCAGUCUAUAUUUGAAAACUCGGACAAAGGCGCCGUCUCAAACGCAAUCGUUCACUCGGCUCUAUGGGAGUACCUGUCGGAACUUGAGCGUCUGAAUGACAAGGCUGAGUCCGAGCGACGUCGCCAGGAAAUAUAUGAGAUAUGUGAGGACUCUGUGGCGGAGAUGGUCCAUACUCGCAACGGGAGCCAAUCCGUUCGAUACUUCCUGGCAUACGGUUCUGCCAAGAACCGAAAGCAAAUCGUCAAACUACUAAAGCCGCAUCUCGAGCGAAUUUGUCUGGACUCGGAGGCGCAGCUCGUGUUAUUCACCCUUUUGGAAGUCACCGACGACACCAAGAUGAUUUCCAAGUCUGUCCUUGGCGAUUUAGCUGCCUUGACUCCGAAGUUGUAUGCUGAUUCAAAUGGUCGGAGGGCACUCCUUUAUCCACUGAUCUAUCGCUCAACCCGGCAUGUUACGCCUGCAAUGGCCGCUGUCCUUGCCACUACGGAUUCUAUAAGAGAAUUAACAAGCAAAAAGGAUGAUGAUGUCAGAAAAGCAGAGAUUCGCAAGGCAUACAGCGAGGAUAUGCUGAACCAGGUGAAACUACACGCCUCGAAAAUGAUCACCGACACUGGAGGGAGCUUAUUGGUGGCUGAAGUACUCCUUCAUGCCGACGGUGACGUUGCGUCAGCAACCGAGGCUAUCUUGCUACCAUUCAAGGCAGAUUAUCCGGCCAAGAAUGGAGAAACACAUCCAGUUCAGCUUAGCCACACCUCGAGAAUGCUCAAGCAGCUUCUUCAGGGAGGGCACUGGUCACAUGCCAACAAGACGGUCGUCCGAUCUAAAUACUUCGACGCCGUAGCAUUUGCAUCUACUUUUCUUCGCAUUCUAGGCGACGAAGAUAAUGGCGCGAGGCUUGUUGCAAUGGCCAAAGGGGAUGGGCGUUUGUCGUUGCCGAGCUCUGCGAACGGAUAG